CUGAAAGCAAAAAUGCAAUACACUGAUGCCCAAGCUAAUCCAUCGCUCACCCAUAAUCCCCACAAACUAGUCCCUUUUCCUUGAAACAGAGAUUUUCUGUAUAAACACAUCUUGGAAUUUCUAUUACAGAUCAUCUCUACCACCCGAUCAGAAUCACUUUGAGUGGCUCUGACUACACGGUACGAAGGGGGUUUGGUAUUAAAGAGAUUCUGGAGAGAGUAUUCGGUCUUGACUCGAGUGUUGGUCAUGUUACCCUAAAAGAAAUUUCCCCCCAUUAGCCAAACCUACUGUGAAAAUAGCAUUCUUGAAAGUAAGUGAAAAACUGAUGUAAUCUUUAGGUACAUAAGUACCUAUCAAGCAUGAACAGUUAUUGGAUUUUCUGGUAGAGGUUUUUGGCAGAGUAGCUACCAAAAUCAUACCCGUUUUCCAAAUCGAAGUGAUGAGAUUAAUAUCGCCAUAGUUAUUAGAUUAGUUUUACCUUUACCAAAUAAGCAGAGUCCCCCUCUCUUUCUGUCUGGUUCAUACUUGACAUGAACAUAAUUCUUGGCCGUCCAUCAGUGUGGAAGCAAAUCUCCCUAAAGUCAACAAAAGGAAAAAUAAAGCUAGCUUUUGGCAAAGUAAAAUGCCCACUAGAAAGAAAAGAAUCCAAUGCCCCACAUCACCUUUGUUCACUUCCGUAUGUGAAUUAUCAUACCAAACAUUAACACUUGUUCUCUUCUCUUCCUCAUCUUCUCCCUCUCUCUUUUCACCCACUAGAAGAGUUUCUUUCUGUUUUAGAAGGAAAACUUUUCAACUAGAAAUUCUGUAAAAUCUUGCAAGUUCGUUCUAGUUUUUCGGACUUGGCUUUCCAAUGGGUAAUGUGGUGGAAUUGAAGGUGGAUCUGGACUGUGAUGGAUGCAUCAAGAAAAUCUUGAAGGCUAUUAAGAAAAUGGAAGAUAUCGAAACCUAUGAUCUCGAUACCCGGCUCAAUAAGGUUACAAUUACCGGAAAUGUGACUACAGAAGAAGUCAUCAAAGUUCUUCAAAAGAUUAGGAAGCCUGCUACCAAUUGGGAGGAAGAUGGAGCCCAUUAAGUUGUACAGUGUACACUAAUGGGGAUCAUACAAUCACAUAUAUAUGCACUUGAUUUAUAUAGCAUAAUCAAUGUGCUCUUCUGUAUGAGACGUGGUUGUAUAUCGCUCUUUUUACGUACUUUUGAGAGAUGUUGGAGCCUAUCCUUAUCUUUAUAUCAAUUUUGUGCGAUC